CUGAACGCACCCAUGAACAAGAUCGGAAUCUGCAGAGAUGAGAAAUCAACCGUAGCUCAGUGUGUUUCGAAUCUGCUGUCCUCAUGUAGGGCAUAGGAUAAAGUUUGCACGGUUGCACUGUCCGGAUUGCGCGAGACCCAAUUCGUAUAUUGGUUGGGUCAACAAUAGUUAUCGUUGUAUUGCGUUUGAGGCACCACCAGCACCACUGCUACCACGCAAAGGAAGAAACCGAAGUUACGACGGCUUGUUUGUCUGCAUUCUGCAGGAAUGUCUCACAAGGAGAGACCCACUUUCUACCGACAGGAGCUCAACAAGACGAUAUGGGAGGUCCCGGAGCGGUACCAGACCCUGUCCCCGGUAGGCUCGGGAGCCUACGGAUCCGUCUGCUCGUCGUAUGACGUUAAGUCGGGGCUGAAGAUCGCAGUGAAGAAGCUGUCGAGACCGUUCCAGUCCAUCAUCCAUGCUAAGAGGACCUACAGAGAACUACGACUCCUCAAACACAUGAAACACGAGAACGUGAUUGGUCUGUUGGAUGUGUUCACGCCUGCCACCAGCCUAGAGGAGUUCAACGACGUGUACCUGGUGACCCACCUGAUGGGGGCGGACCUCAACAAUAUCGUCAAGUGUCAGAAACUGACGGACGACCACGUUCAGUUCCUCAUAUACCAGAUCCUCAGGGGUCUCAAGUAUAUCCAUUCAGCAGACAUCAUCCACAGAGAUCUGAAGCCCAGUAACUUGGCAGUGAAUGAGGACUGUGAACUCAAAAUCCUGGACUUUGGUUUGGCGAGACACACUGAUGAUGAGAUGACGGGUUAUGUAGCGACCAGGUGGUACCGCGCCCCAGAGAUCAUGCUUAACUGGAUGCACUACAACAUGACAGUUGACAUCUGGUCGGUGGGCUGCAUAAUGGCGGAGCUGCUAACCGGAAGGACGUUAUUCCCCGGCACCGACCAUAUUAACCAGCUGCAGCAGAUCAUGAGGCUGACAGGAACGCCCCCGGCCUCUGUCAUUAGCCGGAUGCCCAGCCAUGAGGCCAGAAACUACAUCAACUCCCUUCCCCAGAUGCCCAAGAGGAACUUUGCUGAAGUGUUCAUUGGCGCUAACCCACUAGCGGUGGAUCUGUUAGAGAAGAUGUUGGUUCUGGACACUGAUAAGCGGAUCACAGCGUCGGAGGCCCUGGCCCACCCCUACUUCUCCCAGUACCACGACCCAGACGAUGAGCCAGAGUCUGAGCCAUAUGACCAGAGUUUUGAGAGCCGUGAGCUGGAGAUAGAGGAGUGGAAAAGGUUGACCUAUGACGAGGUUUGCAGCUUCGAGCCCCUGCCGUUUGAUGGAGACGAGAUGGAGUCCUGAGGGAACUAGGGUGAAGUCAUUGCUAAUCUCACCUCCUUCUCUUACGGAAUUGUGUUGAGGAGGAAGUGGCAUGUAGACAUAGAUCUAAGGCCAGUUAUGAGUUUCCUCCCCUAAUGGUUUAGAUUAGGAUCUAGGGGUAGGGUGAGCUUAUCCUAGAUCAGAAUUUAGAGGCAACUUCCUCCCAGAGCACACAACCUUGUGUGAGGACUAUCAACUCUCCGGACUAUUUCACAAACAAACAAACAGGAAACCACGACAUUCAAGUGCCUGCCGUCGUUCAUUUCUGGGGUCACUCUCGGGUUAGAGAUCAAGGGUUAAAGGUGACUCGACCCCACCCUCCCGCUUGCUGUAUUAUAUUGUAUCGUCUAUGUUUUGGUCUCUGGGCCGAACCGGGGAAAUUACUUUGUAAUAUAUUAUCUACUGUUUGUGUGUUUAGAAUAUGUGUUAAGUUAGCUUCAGAUUUUCUCAUUAUAGCUCAGAUUUUAGCGUUCAAUAUGGCAAAAACAAUCAACCACCUGAUUUAAUUUAACAAACCACUGCUACCUUCCAACAGUUAUUUAUGAUUUUAGGUCGAUAGUUUAUAGCCAGAUGUUAUUUGACCUCCUUUUGGAUAGAAUUUGGUAGGAAACCCAACAGUGGUAAUGACCUCUGCUCUUCUAUGACAAACCUUAUGUCUCCACAGUCAAACUGUAUGCUGUUGUUAUGCCUGCCAGUGUUUUACAUGUGUAAAUAAGUAUGCACUCUUGUAAAUAAAUGAAACUGUGCACAAAUACUAAUACUGCCUGGAAGUCACUAUUAUAAUAGAGCACAUAGCUCCGCCCACCACCCCCUCACUGAUUAGAACACUGUCUAGUGAAAGGAACCGUUUAGGAAUGACUGGCAGGUUCCAUGCCCAAUCAGGUGGAUUCUUCUCAGAAUAGUGUCUCCUUUAUGAGAAUGAUGAUACAACCUUUUGAUGUCCAUGUUUAUCCUCUAAAUCAAUCACAGAAAGAGAGAGGGGAUAGAGGGCUAGGGAGUUUGUAUUUGCUUAUCCUGCCCCUUUUAACUUAUUUAAUCUAUUUUUUCUACCCAUCUCUCUCUGUUUCUUUUUCACUCCAUCUUUGUAUCAUUGAACACUUGUUACGCUGUCAUGUCCUCUGUUCUGUAUGUAGUCUGUUAGAAGUGAGGGGAGAGCUGUUAUGUCACUGUCACAAAAUGUUAUUUGAUAGAAUGUUGUAUUUAAAAUCCUCCAUCCCCAACCCCACAUCACAAGACCCAUGAUGAAAUCAAAAUGUGGUUUCCCUAGCGUCAAUAGUGUCUGCGCUAUGUAGGACUUCAAGGUUGAGUCGGAGAGAUUAGGUUCCAUUCGAUAGCUAUAGGCAUAGAGUACCACAGUAUGAGUCAUAAUACCCAUAAAACCUAGCGGUCAAAGGAAAAUGGUUCCAAUCAUUUCUCCACCAUUACUUUUUCCCAUAAGGGAUUUUAGAAACACUUAAAAUAAGGGCUGUGUUUCGUGUAGGCUUAACCUGGCAUGACGUUUUGAUAACUGUGUAAAUCUCCCUAGGACUUUUAAAUGGGUAUUAUACCAUCUCCACUGUGGGGCUCUAUAUGAUCCUAUAAUACAUAUAAUUGUAUGGUUAUAUGAAUCUAUAGGAAGUCCUGAUGAUAAAUCACUGGAUUCCCAGACCUGGUUAUUGAAUGUGAUUUCAAUCCUAUGUUCAAACGUAUUUUUAAAUAACUGUAUUUCCAUAGAUGUCUAUUCUAUUGAAUGUGUGGGUUGCUAGAACCCUUUCCUGUAUUUAAAAUGGCUUUAUUUUCCUCCAUUUGUACAUGAAGAGGAUGGUGUCAAGUUCAACACAGCUGUCAAAAGCAGUGUCUUCAUCUGAGUCUGUGUGUGUUUCUGAAAUGGCACCCUAUUCUGUAUAUAGUGCACUACUUUUGACUAGGGCCCUGGUCAAUAGUAGUGUACUAUAUCAGAAAUAGGGUGCCAUUUAGGACACACAAUGAUUCCCAUAGAGCUAUCAACCCAUUUCUCGCUUCUUAUUUAUGCAGGUACGGCACUCAAACCAGACAAUAUUAAGAAUCUCUUUCAGUUAUAUAAAAAAAGCAAUCCUUUCAUUAGGGCUUGCAUUAGGUUUAGGUUUCAAAAUGUUUUCUACUGCUUGAUGCCUACUGAACAUAGCCCUGUAUGACAUGAGUCUAUGGUGUUUCUGGGAGGCAGUGAGUGUUGUCUACUAGAGGGCUGGAUCACAUAGCAGGAUAAAUAAUACAAAUAAAUAAAUAGAUACAUUUUAUCGUCAAUUGCACACAAGGUCCAAACGAAACUUGACUUCUGCUUUUAACCCAACCCCUCUGAAUCGGGGAAGUGCAGGGGGCUGCUACAUUUGGCGCCCGGGGAGCUGUCACUAACAGAUAGGCUCUUGAUUAUCUGGUUCAUUUUAAAAAGCUACACUUUAACAAGAGAUUGUUGCGAGAGAAGUCAGUUCUACCAUGCCCAUUUUAAGACUAUCUUUACAUUUUAAAUAGGAAGAAGAAUGAUUUACAGUCCAUUUUCUUUAUCAGAGUAUAAAGGAAAGUUUACUGGCUGACCCAUUUGAUCCUGCUUUGUGAUAUAGCUUUCUUGUUUGUGGGUUUGUCUGUGUGUUUCCAUGUUUACAGCAGGGUUCUGAAGGGUAAUGUUGAGGCCUCACACAGUAUCUAGUUAUAUCACAAUAACAUAAUAGGUUAGGUUACAUGAUCAUAAUGUGUGCGCAUUGAGCGUGGGGAAAUGUGCGCAGCAAAUUAAAUAUUGUUUAUAGUCUCGUCCACCAGCUAACUCUCUCUGUCAAAGCAGUUAGCCAGGUGAUGAGGCUCAUAUAUAUAUAUAUAUAUAUUUGCUUAGACAAUGUGCGUUAAUCUUUACCUUUUGUUGUUUUGUUGAUGUUUCUUUGAUGCUUUCAUCACACAGACGAACAGACCAUCUUUAUUGUGUGUACUUUAUUAAUUCACCAUAUUCAGAACCAUGAGAGCAGGUAUUGGCCCCUUCAAAUACCACUGUUAGAAAAUAAAGGCUAUUAUUUUUCAGAA